UUCUAGAAGGCGCCCAGGAGGAGGCAUGUCCCUCGUCGUCUCUCUCUCAGGCUGAGGAGGAGGAGGAGGAGGAGGAGGAGGCAAUUGGGGGCUGCAAUUCGCCUCAGGAGCCAAGCCUUGGGAAGGGAAGGGAGCCUCUUUGGGAAGGAUAUUCCAUUGAUUCAAGAUGACGCCAUGGAUUACGCCAUUACUAUUAACUUGCCUUAUCUGCAUGGGACCGACGCAAGCAGAAUUUUUCACUUCUAUAGGCCAGAUGACAGACCUGAUCUAUGCAGAAAAAGACUUGGUACAAUCAUUAAAAGCUUAUAUUCAAGAAGAAGAAUCUAAGCUGGCCAAAAUUAAAAGUUGGGCAGAGAUGAUGGAAUCUCUAACUAUCAAAUCCACUUCAGAUCCAGAAGGCUAUCUUGCACAUCCUGUCAAUGCCUAUAAACUGGUGAAGCGCCUAAACACAGAAUGGCUAAAACUAGAAAAUCUAGUCCUUGAAGAUGCAACCAAGGGUUUUAUUGCAAACCUCACGAUUCAGCGUCAGUUCUUCCCAAAUGAAGAAGAUGAGACAGGAGCUGCCAAGGCAUUAAUGCGCUUGCAAGACACCUACAAGCUGGACCCUGAAACAAUUUCAAGAGGAGAAUUUCCAGGAACAAAAUACAGAUCAGUCCUAACAGUGGAAGAUUGCUUUGGUAUGGGGAAGACAGCUUAUAAUGAUGGAGAUUAUUACCACACUGUCUUGUGGAUGGAGCAGGCACUGAAGCAACAUGACAGGGGUGAUGAAGCAACCAUUACUAAAGUGGAGAUCUUGGAUUACCUCAGCUAUGCCGUUUUUCAGCUUGGUGACAUACACAGGGCGAUGGAGCUUACCAGGCGGUUGAUUUCCCUUGACCCCAGUCACGAGAGGGCAGGCAGCAACAUGCAAUAUUUUGAGAAACUGCUGGAAAAUGAAAAAGAAGAAAAGGCCUUCAGUGAAACUUCAAACACAACAGAGCCAACAACAUAUAGUGGAAUUUAUGAAAGGCCCCAGGACUACCUGCCAGAACGUGAGAUCUAUGAAGGCCUUUGCAGAGGUGAAGGAGUGAAAAUGACACCUCGAAGACAAAAGAGGCUGUUCUGUAGGUAUCACAGUGGGAACCGAAAUCCUCACCUACUUAUUGCACCUUUUAAAGAAGAAGAUGAGUGGGACAGUCCACACAUUGUAAGAUAUUAUGAUGUCUUAUCUGAUGAGGAAAUAGAGAAGAUUAAGGAACUGGCUAAACCAAAAUUGGCAAGGGCUACUGUACGUGACCCUAAGACAGGUGUAUUGACUGUAGCCAACUACCGAGUGUCUAAAAGUUCAUGGCUCGAAGAAGAGGAUGACCUGGUUGUUGCCAAAGUGAAUAGGCGAAUGGAACACAUCACAGGACUAACAGUGAAAACAGCUGAACUAUUGCAGGUUGCUAAUUAUGGCAUGGGAGGACAAUAUGAGCCACACUUCGACUUUUCAAGGGUUAUUUUAAACAAAAUAUUCUUAGGAGAUGUAGUUGUGAUCAUAUUUGGAAUGAUGCAAUAGCAUGCCAUUUCCUCAUGCCUACGAAGUGAGAUGUGAAUGGGGAACAAUUUAUUUGGUCUAUUGCUUUCAGAGAACAUAUGUAACAGCUUGGCUUUACAUUUGUCUUGAGAAGCUAAAUUAGAAUGUAAUUUUGAUUUUUAUGUCUGAUAGUUUGCAGUGUGGGAUUGGCUUUCUUAUCACAUCAGUUUAUUCAAAGCAAGCAAAUGCAAGAGUGGGAUCUUUGCUGCUGUUGUUGAAAAUCCUAAAACCAUUUCUCAUUCAUCAUCUGAAUAAAACUUGUUCAAGCAGUACCACUUGUCUUUUGCUGUUGUUGCAGUUGCAUUGGCCUUGGCCUGGUUGGAUGGUACCCUGAUAGCACUUUCCCCCAUUCAUGUUGGGGAAGUAUUAUGGCAGCAUAUUGUCUAUAACUAUUAGGCUUGGAAAGAAAUUUAAGUACAUUUAAAGCAAUUAUGCUAAUGUUGAUUUGUAUAAGAAAUUCAGGCAUUGAAACAACUAGCAAAGAUUUUCUCACUUGGACCAUUCUUCCUCUUGGCUGGGGAGGAGUCAUACUUGGAAUGCAGCUAGAAGGAACUGCCAAGGUUAAGGAAAGUCAACAGUUGGAUUUAUUAUGGGGUUUGGACUGGUCCUCCAGGCUCUGUAUGCAACACAGAUUAAAACCUGAAGCUGUUUGCUAUUGCUGUAUGAUAAUUAAAGUUUUUUUCCCAGCAUUUCUCCAGCUCUUUGUGUGUUUGUUUAUUUUGCUUCCAUGGCCAUGUUUUAUGCAGUUGUUUUGAUACGUGGCACUAAUGUAGAUUCUCCUAAUGAUGAGGCAGUACAACUUAAACUAAUUUAAACCAUUCUGAAGACAAGUUUAUAUUUUUAUUAACAUGUUAGUUGUGUAAAAACACUAUUUUACCAUUUUAACAUGAUUCCCCCCACCCCCUCGCCUUGGGUCUGUAUUCCAUACUGCAUUCUGGCAACAUGGCUAAAGCACUCUCUGAAUUUUCUGUUAAGCUUUUCUCUCUUCCUGUUAUAUAAGGGUUGAACAGUAACUUCCAUCAGCCCUGGACAGUAUGCCCAGUGGAAAAGAGUGAUAGGAGUUCAAUAACAUCUGAAGAGCUGCACAAUUUCUAUCCCUGUUUUAACAGAUGACAUUUGUGUUCUCCACUGUCUGUGUCUCUGCCUCCUCUGGUCUUGACUCCUGUAUCUUUUACCCUCUCCUUGCUUUCCCACAGCUGUUUCCAGUUAUUGCUAUUUUUAAUCUAGUGUACUCACUUUUACUGAUAGCAUCAUAAGUGUCCCACUACCACAGCUAUCUCUGAUUUCUGUUGUUUCCAUUUGUCUCUCUAUAUCUUUCACCACUCCCAUGCUCCCACUUCUUUUCCAUCCUUCACAACUCUUUGCAUUUCAGUCACCUUAUUUUUUUAUCACACAAGCUUGUCUGCCUGACACUUAAUUCUUUUAGAAUUUUUCUUCCCCCCCCCCCCACCACCAUAGGUCUCUCUUUCCCUUUCUCAGUUAUCCUUCUCAUUUUCUCUUUCCACACUGCACAGAAAUCUUUAUGGUGGAUUUUUACUCUCCUUUUUUCUCCUUUUAAUAUCCCUUUUCUCUCUGUUCAUACUACAUCCCACCCUAACCUCAUUGCCAUCCCACCCUAACCUUGAGUUUAACAGCACACAAAGCACUUACUUUGCCAGCUGUUCAUUGCAUUAACUAAAUCUCAGAAUCAGGUUGGCCCUCAGGAGCAGGCUCAGAAAAUGGUGCCCAAUCUAUCAUUAGCCUUUAAAUGUAGAGUACAGAAGUGGUGAUGCGGGCACUCUCUCUGCCAUUUCUGAUGGACUAUGUCUAGGUUUAGAUGCUUCCUUAAGGAUGUGGGAAAGGCCUGCAAAAAAGGGCAUUUGCUGUUUUAUUAUUAUUAUUAUUAUUAUUAUUAUUAUUAUUAUUAUUAUUUGUAUCUCACCUCUCCCUAUUGGAGGAUCGAGGCAAGUAAAGCAUACCAAAAACAAUUGCAUAGCAAUAACAAAGCAUAACAAAAACAUUCCCUCCAACCCUCCCUUAAAAGACAAUAAAAUCAUAAAAUUCACAACAAGAGUGCAUUAUAACAAAGUUAAGCCAGAGUGGCUGUAUUAAAGGGGGGAGAAGUGGAGCAAGUGGACAGUUCUAUCCUUUUAGGAGGUCAGUCUUGGAAGGCCCACCAGAAAAAUUCCGUUUUUACCGCCUUUUGGUAGGGUGUGAUAACUGCUUUCAGAUUUUUUUAUGACUUGCUUUGAUCAUGUAAUUAACAUCUAAAACUUUGUAGAAACAUUACAUCUUAUUCUUAGCAUUUUUAUCCUGAAAUCUUGCAUUCCCACUGUGACAUUUGAAUAGUGUGAUCGCUGCCCAAAGCUUUGGUCUUGUGUGGCCUGAAACAGUCGAGAAGUCUCAAAAUCUUCAGGAAGUCAACAAUCUCUUUAGCUAAAAUCAUUAUUGAUAUUACAAUCCAUCAAAUUACAAAACAAGACUAAUACUAACAACACUCUUUUGCAGUGGAAACCUUUAAUGAGAGUUAAUGAGAGCGGCACACUUGCCUCAGCUGUAUGUAAUUUAAGAAGAGAAAGCAGCCAGUUACAAUGAACUUUCUUAAAUGUUUAGAAUACAUGCCUAUACAAAAUGAUCCCAUCCAGUCCUGAUUUGGUUAUUCAUCAAAGUGCAGAAUCUGCUGCUUCCAAAUGGUGUUCCAUUUUUAAGUCCCAUGAACCGUAGCCAGCAGGGCCUAUAGUGAGGGAUGCUGGGAUGUCUAAUCCAGCAAUAUUUGGAGGACCGCAAAUUAUCCACUGUUCUGCUACAUACUGAUUUGAUAGCUAAAAACAAGAAGAACUUUCCCUGUUCUUCUUCUUGCCUGUAUACCUGGUGUCUGUUUUGGAUAAAAAAAAGUGGUUGAGUCAUAGGUUGAAACAACAAAGUUUUGACUUUGCAUUGCUAUGCUGACUUAAUACUUACUGUGUCAAUA